GUGAUGUAAAUGAUUACCACCGUAAUGUUUUUCAUAAUGUCUUCCAUAUUUUUAAAUUUAUUAUAAAGAAUGUUAUAGGUUUAUAUAUAUAUGUGUGUAUGAAAUGAUCGAGCGUGAUGAUAGUGACGAACCUCUUAUACAAGAAAAUAGAGAGGAUCGGGUUUUGUACCGCGAAGGUCCUACCACAUUUGAUAUAAGAGGUAUAUCUAAUACACCACCACCACCAUAUGAACCAUCAGAUUACACAUUAGGGAUUCAAAACAAUGCUUUAAUUGAAAAUGGUGCUUUAAAUGGCCCAACUGUGGUUUGUAGGGUAUGCCAACAACUUGUUUAUAUUCGCGGCAGAGAAGGGCAACGCGUUGUAAAGUGCAUGAACUGUCAUGAAGCAACACCAAUAAAAGCGCCACCUGAAGGAAAAAAGUAUAUUCGAUGUCCUUGUAAUGCUUUAUUAACCUGUCGUUCUACUUCUACUCGCAUUUCAUGUCCUAGACAAAAUUGUAAACGAGUAAUCAAUGUUGGAGGUAUCCCUCAUUCAACUAUAUCUGAAACAUCAAUUCCAUUAGGUAGUGGAGAUUCCAGGGUCAGAGUUUCUUGUGGUCAUUGCAAAGAAAUUUUUAUGUUUCGCCAACCAUUAGGCAUAGCUAAAUGCCCUUACUGUAGACAAAAAUCAUCUAUUGGUUCAGCAUAUUCAAGUCGACAAGCAUUAAUUUCAGCAAUAUUGGGAAUUAUAUUUUUGUUUGGUGGAAUAGGUCUUGUUGUUGGUACAAUGUCGAUUGCAAGAACUACUCAAGGAGUAUAUGUGUCAUGGGCUGGAGUAUUUACUGUUGGAAUAAUGUGUCUACUUCGAAGUAUAUAUUGUUUUUUUAGGAGUAUUUACUGUUGGAAUAAUGUGUCUACUUCGAAGUAUAUAUUGUUGUUGUAUGACAAUUAGUGUUGUACAAGUGUAAAGAAUUUCUUUUUUGUACUUCUCUGUAACACGCCAUUUUUUACUUCUCUGCAAUUCGCCAUUUUGUGUCAAAUUCAAUCUAGAAAAGCUUUCAUAUGGUGGAAUACAAAUCGAUUACCAUAACACAUUACAUUUGCAGUUAUUUAAUAAUUUCAGUUGUUUGAAAAUGUCUAAUUAGAAAUAAAAUAAAAUAAUUAGAAAAGUUUGGAUCGUUAUAUUUUUCUAAUAUCCUAACUUGGAAUAUAAAGUCAAAUUUCUACCUUGAGUUUUUUUUUUAUUUAAUCAAAAUACAAUGGUAGACAAAUCAAUAAUUAAGUUUUGUAUGUUUUGUAGUAUAAAUUUCCGUGCAUUUAUGUAAUUACUAUGAUUAUGAUUAUAUGAUACUAUUUUAUUGUAAAAGUACUUAUUACGUUCUUAUUUAUAAUAAAAAAUUUUUAAAUUGUUUAUUUUUAUUGUUUGCAAAGUUUAACGAUAGAUAAGUUUUUCUUUAUUAAGAACAUGCGAAGCAGUUUUAGUUUUUAAAUAAAUAUUCAUUUCUUACUGCAAAUAAGUUGUUAUAAGAUUUUAUUUUGAGUGCUUUUUCAGUAUCUGCUAUAAAAUACAUGAAUUGCUUAUUAAAAUUUUCACAAUACAAAAAGAAAGUUAAUUUAUAACAUUUUUUUGAAUAUUCAUAUAUUAAACAAAUUAAUGUUAAUGCUUUUGUAAUUUUGCUUUUACUUUCGAAUUGCUGUUAGUUUAAUAUUCAGCUGAGCCAAUCGCUGCGUUUGGUGAUAUCACGUGAUAAUGUAAAAUUACUUUUA